AGUAUUUGUUGUUGGUCUGUCUCCAUGGUAACCCGUCAUCAUAGGGAGGAGGACCCACCAGGAGAGUUUCAGGAGUGUGUCGUGUAGAGGAUCCGCGACGUGUAUACAUCGUGUUCAGAACCUGUGCGUGGAGGGACAUACCUGGGACCCUCACACCCACAUUUAACGAGGCUUUCAUCGAGGUGGUGGACAUUCCCAUGGGUAGUUUUAUGAGCCUAGUGAUAGUUGGACAACGCUUCUGCACCAUGAACCUAGGAAAACAUUCAUGAGAAACCGAAUUAUCUCCUUUGAGGCCUCAGGGAAAUGCAUGUUGAGAAUACGGGAUCUCGACGGCUGUUCUUUUGUUUCCGGUGUCCGAUCUGUAACGUGUUGAGAACGUGUUGUGGCCUCGAUGCAUGCCAAAACAAACCUGCCUGAGAUUUCCAAGUAACACGAAUCGUUGGAGGAGACGAGAGAGGAGGAACGAAGGAAAGAUAGAUAGUAUAACGCCGUUUAAGAGUAGUAUGUGUGAAUAAGCAGAAGAGAGGACUAAGAGGAGGAGGACCUAGAAAGCGAUACGAGUCAAAAGAAGAAAGAGAAGUAUCACAAAUAAUUAGGAAAGAGAGAAGGAAAGAUAGUGUACCGCCAUUGAAGAGCAGUAUAUGUGAAAUAAGUUGAAGAGGACCAAAAAGAGGUGGACCUAUGAAGCGAUACAGGCCAACAGAAGAAAAAGGAGUAUCACAGAUCAUAGGACAAGAGAGAAUGAAAUAAAUUAAGAUACUGUAACGCCAUUGAAAAGCAGCAUGUGUGAAUAAGCAGAAGAGAGGACCUACGAAGCGAUACAGACCAACAAAAGAAAAAUAAGGAGCACAGAUCAUAGGAAAAGAGAGAAGGAAAGAUAGUCUAACGCCAUUGAAAAGCAAAGUGUGUGAAUAAGCAGAAAAGAAGGCCAAGAGGAGGAGGACCUAGGAAGCGAUACAAAGCAAUACAGGUCAAUAGAAGAAGAAAAAGAAGGAAGACAAUAUGAAAUUACUCUUGAUGGGAAGCUGGAAACGAAGAUAGAAGAAUUAUUAAAGACAGGAAAGGAGAUCAAAAGUGUAAAGAUCCAAGAAGUGAUACAAACCCUCAGAAACCUACAAAAGAAGAGAUUCCCAGCUAAAGAUUAUUACGUGUGAAGAGAACAAGACCACUACCAAAAAGAGGAAAACACACACACACACACACACUAAGCAAUGGUUCACACACAAGACACAAGUGGAGGUCAUAGUAAUUAGAAAAAGCCUCAUAAUAAAGCCACAGCCAGUAAGGACAGUGAGAGACAUGUGUCCUUAAUGUUGAAGACAAGGUUGCAACAUGAAGCGGCCAGGAGUGCCAGUGACUACAUGAGAUUACCGUGCUAAGGAAGUUAUGGCGAGGAGCGUGCCUGUGGUGACUUCUUAAUUAAGGUGGUGCAGCAGCAAGUUGACGGCAGAGGAGGAGGAUGAGCGUCUCAGUGGCCCCGGAGGUCCUGAAGAAGACACAGGCGGAGCUAGGCCGGUUCAUCAAGAAGCCGCCACUCACUGACAAGCUCCUCAGCAAGCCACCCUUCCGCUUCCUCCAUGAUGUGAUCAACGCGGUGAUAACAGAGACGGGCUUCCUUGCCGGCCUCUACACAGAUGAAGAACUCAGCGCGCAAAACAUCAAGGACAAGGAUGCCAAGAUAGAGUUCCUGCAGAAAUGUAUCGAUGCCACAAUCCUAGCGACGGGAGACAGCUUGUCUGUUCGUCCCAGCAAGAUAGUGGCUGGCCAUGAGCCGGACAAGACUAAUGAGUGGCUGCAGGCCCUGGGGAAAGCUGUGGAAAAAAAUGUUGACUCCAAAGAAGCUGUUUCACAAGUCCUUAGUGGAGUCAAACCUCAAACAAAGAAGUCUGAGAAGAAAGCUGAGAAGCCAAAGGAGAAGGAAAAGUCUGCCAAGGGACCAGAGAGGGCCAAGAAAGGGGGAACAACAAAUAAUAAACCCCUAAAAGACAAACCCGAUGACCCUAAAGCUCCCCGCACUCCCGCCAAAGACAAUAAGCCUCCCCCUAAUCCCAAAGGCACCACCACCACCACCACAGCAAAGCCCGCUGCUGCGGCCAAAAAUGCCCCCGCCAAAAAUGCCCCCGCCAAAAAUGCCCCCAAUGCUAAGUCUCCCGCUAAACCUGCAGCCGCCAACAGAAGCUCCACAGUCAAGACUUCAAAGAGUAAAGAUGAGAAGGAGAAGGCUACCAAAAAGCCCAGGACCAAGGAGGACGCUGGCAGCAAGGGUAAGGAGAAGGAAGGCAAGGAGAAGAAACAGAAGAGUACAGCCAAAGAAAAAGGAAAGUCUACCAAGUCCAGGCCUGCGAGUCGGAUGAACCAAGCGAAGGAGUCUGGGAAGGAAAACUCUCCGCCACAUGAAGUGAUUGGAGCGGAGGAACUUCUCACUAAUGGACAUGCCUCCCCUGAGGAGAUGGUGUCAACCCCCAAACGGGGUCCCUCUAGGCCUCCUAGUGCCAGGCAUGAUGGUAAUGGAGAGGCAGAGGCAAUAGGGGAGGAAAUAGAUGAAGGAAUAAUAAUCCCAGAGGCUCCUACUGAGGAGGCUGAGGCUCUUACUGAGGAGGCUCUGGCCCCCCUGGAAGAGGAACAGGAGCCUCUUCCUUCAGCUCCUUUGGACCCUGAAGGGUCCAGGACAGCAGCUGAAGAUGAGCUGGAGAUGACAAACGGCCCGUCGUCCAUGAUUAAUGCAGAGCUGGAAGGGGAGCUCCCGGCCAUGGGGGGAGGCGAGGAGCAGGAGCAGGAGCAGGAGCAGCCCGACAUGCCCGGCUCCCCCUCCAACAACAACAAUAUUGACCCAGCCAUUCUCAAGGCCAUGGAUCCACAUAAUGACCAGCUUCAAGGCGUGGACGUGACGCGGUCAGAGCCCCCAGACUCAGGUGUUGGGUCCCUGGAGUCACCCAAACACCCAGCCAAGGAGCAGCAGCAGGAGGCAGCCCCACCACCUGCCGCCCCCACCCCCGCCCCCAAAGCAGGCCCGCAGCCCCUCAGAGCCUUGGAGCCGUUUGGGGGCGAGGACGGGGACACGCCUGCACUAGCACAGCCAGAAGCGGAGGCCUCAGGAAGUCAGUUCAGAGAACCACCUGCAAGGGAUGGCUCUGCAAGGCCACGCACCGGCCGCCGCUCAGCUCGGCCGCCCAGCGCCCGGCCAGCUCCACCCCGCGUCAGGGAGCGUCGGGAGGUGCCCAAGGAGGAGAUACAGCGGCCUGGCACUGCCAAGCCUGUGGCCAAUGUAAUCCUGCUCUCUGGUGAGGCCGAUAGUGAUGACGACGACGACAACUUCACGGUGGAAGAAUCCAAGCCUGCAGUGGCAGUGGAAGAUGAUGCACCGCCCCUGGAUGCAGCUGCUGCAAGUGGUGCUGCGGCUGCUGCUGCUGCUGUGGGUGAGGAUGGUCAGGGUGCUGGCCUGUUGGUGGCACAGAUCCUGGAGACCAAGAAGGAGAUGGAGGAUGGCCGUCGUAAUGCCUUCUCUCCAGAGACACCAGGACACAGAAGAGUCCCCAUAGAACAGACCCUGCUGAGUGAUGCAAACCGUAAGAAGGAAAGAGAAUUGAUCCAGAAAGAUGUACAGAAACUGAGUUCAUCCAUCCAGUCCAUCACAAGAUCUGUCAACCCUCUCGCUAAAAUGUUAGAUUAUCUUCAAGAAGAUCUAGACUCUAUGCAUAAGGAACUUGAGACUUGGCAGAAUGAGAAUAAACUUCUUGUCCAGACCCUCAAAAAGGAGCAGAGUGCUACAGAGCAAGCGCUUGAGCCUUUGGGGUAUCAGCUGACAGAACUUGAGACAGCAGUGCAAGACCAACGUGACAAGCUGUCGGCCGUCAAGUCCAACAUCCUGAGGAACAAUGAAAAGAUAUCUCGCUUAAUGGCUGGCAUCAACCUAAAUGUAUGAAUAUUUAGCAUAAUUUUAUAGCCAAUGUAAAAUGUUGUAAAAUGACUUACUGUGUUACAUAUGUUAACUAAAUAUAUACAAGAAAAUUAUACUAGUCAUGUGACUGUGUACAGCUACUUGUGCACACACACACACACACACACACACACACACACUAUGUGGUCUCGCCAUAAGAAGAAACACAUGAAAAAACUAGAAAGAAUACAAAGGAUGGCAACGAAGAUGGUUCCAGAACUGAAGGGAUUGUCACGAGAAGAAGGGUUAAAGGAAAUGAACCUGCCAACACUGGAACAAAGAAGAGAAAGGGGAGACCUACUUAAUACAAAGUUAUAAAUUGUGGAAUAAAAUGGAAGAAGUAGAUAACGAGGAGUUGCUACUAAGUGAAGUAAGAAACACCAGCAACACACGAGGACACAGUAAAAAAAUUGAGAAAAUUAAGAUGUUUGAGAGACAUAAAAAUAUAUAGCUUCCCGCAAAGAAGCAUAGAGGUUUGGAACAGACUAAGUGAGGAUGUAGUAUCGGCGAAGAGUGUGCACAACUUUAAGGAAAAACUGUACAAGUAUAGAUAUGGAGACGGGACCACACGAGCGUAAGCCCAGGCCCUGUAAAAUUACAACUAGGUAAAUACACACACAAACACAAACACACAGAUAAAGUUAACUACUGCAGAUAUUUUGUGGAGGUCUUGGGAAAUAUUUAGGGGAACAAAAUGUAUAUGACAUAGUUUUGGAAGGUUAAUUUUAAGGCUGGAUUUAGUACAACGAGUCUCAAAUACAAAAGAAAUCUAUACAGCAAAGUUAAGAAUUGUGCGUGAUUUUUUUUUUUUUUUUUUUUUUUUCAUAAUUAAAUUUUUUUGGGAUGUACUCUGUAUUUUGCUUAGAUAAUUACAAAAUGGCUCAAGUUGAUUUUGCCAGAGUCGUCCUUUCCCACACAUAUUUGUACAUAUUCCUCUGAGUGAGCCUUACUCUCCCUCCCAUUGAAUAAGUGCCUCAUCCAUUGUCCACAAGCCGUCCAGUUUCUCAGGUUGCUGCACACACGAUGGAACAAAACACAUAAUAUCCUAUUUUAGGGCUGCUUGUAAUUACUUUGUGUCUGCAUCCUCAAGCAUAUUCUGUUGAGUUGCCUCCACAGCAUUGAUUCUAGUCAGCAGUGCCCAGUGUAAGGUUAGGCUGGCCUCAUACUUACCUCCAUAGCAUUAAUCCUAGUCAAUGAUGCUCUGUAAUUCCAGGAAUGGUCCUCAAAUUUCAUUCCAUUACUGCUGUCAGUGAGAUCUGUGCUUUGCAGAAGUCUGUAAGAGUGAAAUGAGACUAAUGCAUUAUUUAUACUGUGUUAAUAAUGAGUAUUCUGGAGCUUUCUUUUGUGUGUACAUGUAUGUGUAAGAAGUGAUGUCAUUUCCCUAGUUAUUUCUGUAUGGUGUUGCCUCGUGUGCAGUUAAUACUUGAAUGACUAACAGGAACACUUCUGGCAGCAUAUUUCUCUUUACACAAUAUUACAUUCUUGAGACAUGGCAUUUAAGACCUUGAAGAAAAUUACAAAGUCAUGAAACUGGCAUUUUCUUCAGGAUCUUUAUUGAAAUGAGUUUCAGUUUGAAUUUUCAUCAGCUCUAGUAACAGAAUUUUGUCAAGCAACCAUAACAUUGUCACUUAUUUGAGUUUGAUCACUGAAGAAAAGUACUUUUUAAUACUUACUCAAUAAACACAUGCACACAUAUACACAUAUUGUCAACAGUUUGUGCAUUACUGCACAUUGGCAGUUUUCUCAUAGAGAAUUGUCAUUGUUAUUAUUAUAACGCAGAAGUGUGGUGUGCAUGUUUGUUUCUCCCCAACACAUUGCAUGUGUCAUUGCACUUUACCAGGGACCACAUGGAUUUGAUUUUUAAUAGUAGCUGAAAAAGUGAAAUAGUCUGAUUACUGAUAAUUAUUUUUAGCUUCCUUAUCAUCAUGACUGGCCAUCAAAAAGUAGUCUAGAGUGUAAGCUUUCUUUAUUGUCCAGUUGUAACUUGUGAGUGUGGAGGGCCAAGAGCCAGGAACUUUCAGGCAGUAAUGGAGCCUGUACCACCUGCAGGGCUGCCACCUGGUGCUGGUACCCUCCCAACAACAAGGAACACUUACAUAGGAAACACAUCCACACAACUAUAUGCUCAUGGUUAGCAGUACCAUGAUAAUUUUUUCCAUUACUUUGUGAGGGACUCAAUUAACAGGACCAGACUUAUGUAGAAAUAGACAAUGUACUCGUAUGAUAUAAAUGUUUCUUAUUUAAAGGUACAGCACUAGUGUAGCCUUCUAUAUAUACUUCAUUCCAACUGUGUAUUUUCAGUCUAAAUAUGCUGAUGAAGAUAAUUCUGUCAGCAUGGUGUUGUCAUGGUACAGUUUGAUUGCUGUGAGGAAUGAGAAGCAUUGACCAUUUGGGGUGUAUGGUAAGCAUACGUGUGUGUGUGUGUGUGUGUGUGUGUGCACGCGUGUGCAUGUGUGCAUGCAUGCGUCCUUCCGUCCAUACGUGCGUGCAUGAAAGAGAAAGGGAGACCAGUCCUGUUGAGACUGUUGAUGUUAAUGCAGUUAUUGUUAAUCUAAUGUCCUGAUAUGCAAACAAAAGGAGUAUAAUAAGUAGCCUCCCUUUACUUUUAAGUGGGUUUAUGUGACAAAAUGAUGCUAUGUCAUAAUCAGAAUUAUUUAUUGACUACUAUAUAAAUGUUUUAUUGGAUAGAAUUAUACAUCUGUGUAUCUAUUUUAAAAUGCCAUAUUAAUACCAUUAUUAUUAUUAUUAUUAUUAUUAUUAUUAUUAUUGAGGUUUAAUUCUUAAUGAGAAUCAGAAUCUUUUUUCUUUUAUGUUUUCUCUUUGUUCAUGAAGAGGAGAAAAUGUUGAUAAUAAAUAGGGGAAAAUUUUAUUGCUCUUCCUCAUAAAAUGUUUUGGUUGGUUACACAGACCCCAUUCCUUAUGAGGUUCAUUGAAUAGGCUUUUUCAUGGCAUACUCAUGGUGCAGAGUUGUGUGUGUGCGUAGGAUAAGUUUUAAAGCUCAAGGUGUCUAGUUCUGGGAAGAGAUCAGAUCUUAUGUAGUGGGCAACUUUCUAAAGCCAAAGUGUGUAGCAGUGAAGAUAGACAUGACAGGAAAAGCAUCAAGUUUAAUGUGGAGCUUGGCAAUCAGCCAAUAUGUUGGUUUAUGGGCACCAAAGCAACAACAUAGCUAGUUAUACUCAAGGUUGUAGUAAGUGCAGAAGUCAUUAAGACCUCCUGUAUGAUUUUUUUUUUAAUGUGAUAUUCUGCAGUAAUAAUGGAAGGUUUAGGAUUGGGUGGUUGUAACAGUGGCUUAAUGUACACAAAGUUUUCAUAAUCUGACCUUAUCAUAUCCCUCUUUGCAUACUUUUUUUUUUUGUGUGUGUGUGUGUGUGUGAUUCCCCCCCAUUUACCCUCAGCACACUUACGCAACUUUUCAAAUCUUUAUCUCCUGUACAUGAUCCAGGCUUGGCCGGGUUGAAGGUGUUACGUCAAAGUGUUUGUUAGCGUCCACCUUGUUACUGUAUAGAUACCUGUACAAUGUGAUUACUGAAUGAAUGUUGAAAUAAAAUACACCUCAGUCAUAUUUUGUCAGUUAAAUAGAGUAGUACACAUAUGCAAAAGAGUAUGUUAUCUGGCAUAGAUACCGAAUAGUUUCUGCCAAGAUGUAACCUUUUAUGCUCAAUAAAGGAUCCACAGUGAAGAGUUGACAGACGUACAUC